UUCACUCUGGCGACCUAGUUAUCGAAACGCUGCCGCAGUUUGAUUUUCAGUGAUAUUUUAAAAGGCACAAUAUGAAUUUUAAAGUGACGUUGAAUUUACAUGCCAGGCUGAUAGCUGCAUUUAUUGGAUCCACAAUUCUGGCGAUGAUGCUGUGGGAUCGCAGUGGAAAUUUUGAUAGUGAUAAUCCACUGAAUUAUAAAGAACAUGGUGACGACAGGGUGCUCACCCGAGAGAAAAGAAAUACUUUUGCUAGGAAGCUGCGACAAGCAUACUCAUCACUGAAUGACGUAGAAGGUUGCUGCAGCCUACCACCCUUGUUACCCUCUGAAGCACUUGCUGCCUGCAAUCCCAUUUUUGAAGGGAAAACUGUAAACAAGCGACAAAAGCAGAAGCAACAAUCGCAGAAAAAGAAAAACAACAACGCACCUCUGAGUUUGAUCAAUCAAAUAUCUAAAAGACUAUUUCCACAAAACAACAAAAAGUCGAAUGCAGCACGAAAGGGCCGCCAAACUACAGCUGCAGCUCAAAAAAUCACGCUCCAGUCGGUGUGUUACACAGACUGUACGUUUUCCUAUUUGAACUUGCUGAACGAAUCAGCCCUCAUGCUGAAUGAUAUAGAGUUAACUAUGAAGGACACGAUCAACAAUAAGACAAUCAAUGAUGUUCUGGACGACGCCCUUUACACAUGUGAAGAACCCUCGGCGUGUGCAACGCCAGAAUCAAUCCUACUUGAUGGGAAAUAUUGUUCAAUUAAACCUACUAUUUUGAUGAACUGCGUGAGAAAACAUUUACUGGAGUCUCUCAAAGGCAAAAAUUGCAAGAGGACACCUGAUUGCACUGCAAAGAUGGCAAACCUCAAGAGGACAAAUAUGCUGAACAUGCAAAAUUAAAAUGUACUAACAAUAAGAAAAAGAUCUUCAUGAAACAAAAAUAAUCUAGAAGUUAUUAGUUAAAUUUAUUAUUUUAAGACAAAUUGCUUGACUAUAACUGGAUCUACACUGAGAAUCUUUGUUACCUAGACGAUAAGAUUAAUUAAUAGAAAAUAAAAUGCCUGAUUAAUUAUAGCAAAGGUUGAUUUAAAAUUUUUAAGUGAUGCCGAUUGCAGAGAGUGUAAAAUAAUUUGUGAAUUUUUUAAUAUGAUUUGGCAGAGAUUGCAUAGU